UCGCUGCAGUUGGCUCGCAGCGCGUGCGUCACGCACAUUGCAACGUGCACUGCUACCGAAACCCACUAAUGUGACCCAAGCUUUAUCUCCCCUGCGAAUUUCGAAUCGUUCGAAAUUCAAACCGAAUUCCACAAACCGAUCGACGGGGACGCACGAAGUAUUUUAAAUCACCACCGCCGUGGACAGUGUUCGAUUUUCGAAAAUUUCCCCAUUUAAAAAUGUACGGAACAAUUUCACAUCGUAACGGCAAUAGGCCACUUGCUCGGUGCAUAAUUUAGGUAUACGUUCGCGAUUUCAGUUUCAAAUACGAACCAAUUUUUCACGAUCACAUUGAAUUUCAAAUAUGUCUUUAUAAGGCUUGUUGUUUUUAUAUUGUGGACUAUUUCCCGUUGAAUGUUGUUUGAAGUGGUAUAGUGUACGAUUAUCGAAUAUUUGUGCAACGACAGAUAAUAUGGGAAGUCUUAACAGAUUAACAGUCCGGGUAGCUACGCUGAUAGUACUACAUGCGGCCAGCGUCGGUCUCGCCGCGCCGAGCGUCCUGGUCACCCGCCCGGUGGCUAGGCUGGCUGAGUGGCUGCCUAUGGACAACCAAACGGUGUACAGAUUGGACGCGGGGGAGACUAGGAAUUUGGAAUUAAACACCACGCAGCUAUCACUGUCGACUAUUUUCAUCACUGUCAGUCCAUGUACCAGGGACUUCCACUGGGCGUUUUACCGGGGCGAAGUUGGACGUUCUGACGAUCACUUGGAUCUCAUACAAGAAAAUAGUGGUGGUGAUGUGAGCACGUUAUCUGCAAUCAUCACUAAUCAGGAUCGAUAUUUAUUACAGUUAUUUUCUUCAAAAGGCGGCGCCGCAGCAGUGAGCGUGAGGGGAGAAGCACCGCGGCCCGUACGCAUGCGCCUGCGCAUCCGCUCUCGUCGGAGGCUUUCAGCUAACUGGGAUCCUAGCCCCAUAGAUCCUCAGAUGACCACAUAUUGCGUGGUCGCAUCGCAUAGGAAGAACUACACGUCUUUAUGCGCUGCCCAAGCGGACACAAACGUGUGUACAAACAGACAAAAUGCGGAGGAUGCUUCCAUUGAGACACGUCAAAGAAAUAGAAGCAAUCUUGUCCGAACAGAUGCUGAGAACACAGUGGAUAUGGAUGUGGAUAGAUACAGUAUAUUUGAGGGAAAUUACAAAAACGUUUUCAGGAGGAAGAAGUUUGGCCGAAGUACAAGAGUGUCCAACGAAGAUCCAGUCAUCGCUUGCGUCGGCGACAGGACUCACCAUCUGAUUGAAAAUCUCGAUCCCAGUACGACGUAUUUUGUAAGUGUGUUCGGAGUUGCGAGAGACCGGCGGGCGGGGUCUCUCCUCGCAACUGGAAGCGUCCGUCCACGGACCUCCACCGCUAAGAGGCUGAGGGAAAACGUCCCUCUGAAGUCUGACGUAAAGGGAAAAACCGUUUAUUAUUUUAAGGCUGCUGUCGGCACUGGCGGUGGUAUAUGGCUGGCCGUAACUAGCUGCGGUGGUUCCGUCGAUGUGGAAGUUAUUGUGAAAGGAAAACGUUUAUAUCUGAUUAAAGAUAUUGAACCCCAUUCGAAAUUCUUCGUACCAGCGCCGAUACCGAGCUCUUCCAUACAAGAAACCAGCGAUGAAGGGUCUGUUCAGUUCGACUCCAGUUCGGAAGAAGCAAAGAUACGAUACGUGAUACGCGUAACGCCAAACAGAUGGUACAGAGAUACAGCUGUUAGUGUUGAAUUAACAGCUUCAACAACGAGAUGGGGACUCAGUGUCCCCGAACUUCUGGAAGAUGGCGCUACAGUCAGAGAGCUGCGCCCGCGACGCUCUUGCAAAUCUGUAGAUAUCGCUUUCUUGCCAGCCAACCACAAUGCUACCGAUGUUAUAAGAUAUUGCAUAAUAACAAGAGAAAUUUCGUCCACUGAUGGUUACACUUGCAUUCUAAACAAAAAAUCAGGAGUUAAAGUUCAAUGUAUAAGCCACAUGCAACGCCCGCCGACAAGGGUAAUCGUACAAAAAGUAUCUGGUUUGAAAACUGGCCGAAAAUACGCCAUUCAAGUUACUGCCGCCAACAAGGGCAGUCCUGUUCCUUACAAAGUUUUGUAUGCGGACACAAAUGCUUCGUGCAAAGAUUAAUGUCUGUUAAAAUAAAUAUAUAGUGAAUCAGUAUUAGUUAUUUAGUAUAGCUUUGAUUGUAUACCGAGACUGCUUUAAUUUUUUGUUACGUUUUGUGCCAUGGGAAAAGUUAAUGAAGUACACAAGUUUAAUAAUGGAUAAAUAAAUAGAACUGAAUGGAAACUUUUUGUGCUACUUAAGUAACGUAAAUAUAGAUAGAUAUAAAUAUUUAUAAGAUAUAUAAGAGGCAUUUUUUGUUAUUUAUUUUAUGUAUGUACUUAAAACGUAAUACUAACAUCGCCAUUUUAUAUCCCGCCUAAGCCUUAUCCUAUAGUUUUAAGAAAAAAAUAAGUUAUAAAUCAUGAAUAUGGCAUUUAAAAUAGUUGAACAAACUGUAAGUUCCUACUAUUUUUACGUGAGAGUGAAAUGUUUAGCUAAUAAAAAAUAAUAACAUUAAAUUCAUUUUAUGGUAUAA